AUGUUAAUUGAUUCACUGUAUAGUAACAAUGAGCAGCGUGACAACAAGAAAGAGUCACCGGAGGAGCUGCUAAAAGAAGCUCACUUCUUGGCAACUUGUACCUUCGAGAGAGGCACGAAAUGGGGCUCUGAGAUGGGCUUCUCCUAUGAAUGCUUGUUGGAGAGUACAUUCACUGGCUAUCUUCUACACUGCAAGGGAUGGACUUCUGUAUACAAUUACCCUAAGAGACCAGCUUUCUUGGGCUGCACCACCAUUGAUGUGAAGGAUGCUAUGGUUCAAAUGAGAAAGUUUAAUUCUGCUCUCCUCCAAGUAGGUCUCUCGAAAUUCUCCCCUCUCACUUUUGCCGUGUCCCGAAUGUCUGCUAUACAAAGUAUGUGUUAUGGGUACCUCGCUCUCCAGCCUCUCUUCACUAUUUCAUUACUGAUACUUGGCACUGUUCCCCAAUUUUGCUUCUUCAAAGACAUCCCUCUCUAUCCUAAGCUUACCAGUCCAUGGCUUGCCGUGUUUGCGAUUAUAUGGGCAUCUUCACUUCUGCAACACUUGCAUGAGGUGCUGUCCAGUGGAGACCCAUUGGUGACAUGGUGGUACGAACAGCGAAUCUGGGUUUUGAAAAUAGUGACAGGAAGCUUAUUUGGAUACCUCGACGUUGUCCUCAAAUGGAUUGGCAUAACAGCAACCGUUUUUAGGUUGACAAACAAAGCGAUUGACAAGGACAAGAUGGAGAAAUAUGAAAAGGGAACCUUUGAUUUCCAGGGUGCUGAACUUUUCAUGAUUCCUUUGGGUUUUCUUGUCUUGUGGAACUUGGUCUGUUUCAUCGGUGGAUCAUGGAGAAUUGUAGUAAAUGGGGGUUUCGGUGAUAUGUUUGGACAGUUUUUACUCUCCACCUACAUCUUAGUCCUCAGUUACACUACUUUGAUUGAAGGAAUGAGAAGAAAAGGCUAG